AUGACGAACUCGGAUGUGAACGAGGCAGUCGUUGCCGCUAAUCUCUUCAAUGUGGAUGGGCUGGUGGCUUUCAUCACAGGCGGUGGCACAGGUAUUGGCCUCAUGAUGGCCAGAGCCCUGGCCAAGAAUGGUGCUCACAAAGUCUACAUCGGCGGCCGACGCCUCGAGGUGCUCGAAGAAGCUGCAGCCUCUCUCGGUCCCAACGUCGUGCCAAUCAAGUGUGACGUGACAUCCAAGGACAGCCUGCAGGAGGCCGUCGACUUCAUCAAGCAAGACACGGGCUACCUCAACGCCCUGGUGUGCAACUCUGGCAUCGGCGGCCCCCAGUCGGUUCAGCUCCAGGACGACACAAGUCUCGAGGAGUGGGCAGACUCCAACUGGUCCAUCAGCUUCGAAGAGCACACAAACGCCUUCGCCGUCAACACGAGCGCAGUCUGGUUCACUGCCAUUGCCUUCUUGAAGCUCCUCGACGCUGGAAACAAAAAGGGCAACCUGGAGCAGAGCUCUCAGAUCAUCGUCACCAGCUCCAUCGCCGGCUUCAACAAGGCCGCUCCUGGAGGCUGGGCAUACGGCCAGUCCAAGGCUGCUGCGACGCAUGUCGCCAAGCACCUCUCCGCUGCCCUGCCGCGGUGGAAUAUCCGGGCCAACUGCAUUGCCCCAGGAUUGUUCCCUAGCGAAAUGGCCGCGCCGAUUGUCAAUCGCUUCAACGAGAGCUCGGAUACUCCUGGCAGAGUGCCGGCGCAGUUCAUUCCCUUGCAGAGAAUGGGCAACGACCAGGACAUGGCGGGCACGAUUCUGUACCUAAUCUCCAAGGCAGGGGCUUACUGCAACGGGCUGGUCAUUGUCAUUGACGGAGGCCGCCUUUUGAGGUUUCCUUCAUUGUAUUAG